UGAAACUGUAAUACCAGCCAACAUUGGAUGUGGCCGCUAGAGAACGGCAAUCCUAUUUUGAAGUGCGCAGUCUAUGACGGAACAUCGACAUUCGUACUCAGAAGACGUACAGGUUGAGGUGAGAAGAGAAGAUCUCGGGAUCCAGCAUGAGUAGACGAAUUUCGUUCAUCGUUACCGGGAGGGUACAAGGAGUGUGCUUCAGAGCCUCCACAGUCGACAGUGCCAAAGGCCUCGGGCUCACUGGGUUCGUCAAGAAUGCUAGAGAUGGUAGUGUUACCGGCGAAGCACAAGGUCCUGAAGGGAAAGUCCAGGAAUUCGUCGAGUUCCUGCAAACGGGUCCCCCUGCGGCACGAGUGGAGAAUGUGAGGCACGAAGCUAUCGACGCCCGGCCGGAUGAGAAUGAGUUUUCUCAUGCACGGCACUGA